AGCUCAUACGCCCCGCCACCUCUCUCUUGCGGAAGAACAUACGAUCGAGAUAUUCGUCCUUUACCUUCUCGAUACACACAGGUGGAUCACUCACCGGGACAGGAUGUGGAGCUUAGGCGCAUGGAGACCUUCCACGACAGUCGGCAACAGCCACCCAUCUCCUCAUCGGCUUUCAAUGCACCGACACUAAGGUACGCUUGGGAACGGGAUGAGCCUGAAUCCCAGAUACGCUAUCCACAGCCCCUCUACAUUGGUCAAAAUUUCAUGCGGUCGUCAUCGUCAAGCUCUAUCUCUAACUUGCGCGAUUCUUCUCGCAUGCCCUCGCCGGCAUUAUCUGACCUUCACGAGAGAAUAGUACUUGAAACCCACCUGGAGGCACUCGACUUGUGCUCGUCUGCUUCGAGUCAACGGGGCAUAACGGCCCCAGAGCAGGGACAACAAUCCUUACCACCACCACCACCACCAUCUCCUUCUCCCCCACCACCCCCGCAAGCGUCAAUAAGCAAACAGAUCCGGUCACUCAAAAGAAACGUUGUCAUCUUCGGCGACAGCGGUUCAGGUAGAAGUUCAGUCAUCAAUGCAAUCGCGCAAACACAACCAGCGAAGACAUCCAGCAGUGCAACUGGAUGCACGUUUGCCUAUGAGCGUCAUACAGUCGAAAUCUCCGGCCAGACGUUUGUCCUAUUUGACACUGCGGGUCUCAACGAGGGCACUGCAGCCAAGGUACCAGCAGCCAAGGUGGAGAAAAACCUGAAGAACUUGCUGAAUGAGCUCAUGAGCCCUAAAUCGGAUGGCAUCGGCCUUCUGGUAUACUGUGUGCGCAGCACGAGUGCCCGUCGCGCUCUUCUUCGGAACUACCACAUUUUUUACUCUGGUAUUUGCCGAAAGAAAGUCCCAAUCGUCGUCGCCGUCACAGGAUUGGAGAACGAGUUGGACAUGGAGAGCUGGUGGGAUGCCAAUGGGAAGGAAUUCACGAUUCGUGGCAUGCAUUUCGAAGACCAUGCAUGCGUUACAACGCUUCGCAAACACUCAGGCAUCCCAGAUGUCUUCACCCGUCGCAUCGAAGAGUCUUCUGAAACUCUGCGUAAUCUUCUCGUUAAGAAUUGCUCAGAUUGGGCGGUCGACGACAGCUGGUUCAAGCAGUGUCUGACUGCUGUACAAAACUUAAUCAGUGAUAGUGGGAAUAGUGAAAGGUCUUUACCGUCUACUCUCAUCAUCUAUGACCCAUCUCGAGUCGAGGAAGUCCAGCUCGCACCCUGUAUCCGUGGUACCUUAAAGCCUUACUUUGCGCGCAUCGGCGGGGACACAUACCAGGUCCACCGUGUUUCUGCACCGGACCUUUCAUCUUCACACACCGAGAAGAGGCCUGAAGGGGAUCUUCUCAUGUACUACGUUCGCGCUGACGAGCCUUCUGCAGCUCGUCAGAAGUUUCACGUCUUUUAUACAGCAUAUCGCGGAAACAUGGUGCCGGUCGUCGUCGUGGUCAAAGGACUGGACGAUUGCCAAGCUGCCAAUCAGUGGGUCGAGAAAUACAUCAUGUAUGAUGGCGCUGGACAUCUAUUCUCGGCAUUUGCACCAGCCGAAGAACCCGGAGAUGAUUCUUUGAAGCAACAGGCGGAACAAGAAUUGCAGGUUCUCAUUCGACAGGCCUGUCUCGUUCGUAGCGAGAGGAAAGUUAAAGGGAAAUUGAAAAGACUCGCGCGUAGAGUAAAAGGAUAAGUACAAUCGCGCGGAUCUGUAACACAUAGAUACUCUCAGAUCGUGCACGCGAGGGCAAACGUCUGUAUAUUUAUAUAGGAUUCUUGUAAAUGGAAUCUCGCCGUGAAAGACGCAUUUGCAAAGAUGAC